AUGACCCUGCCCGGGGGCCCGACGGGCAUGGCGCGGCCGGGAGGCGCGGGGCCCUGCAGCCCUGGGCUGGAGCGGGCCCCGCGCCGAAGCGUCGGGGAGCUGCGCCUGCUUUUCGAGGCGCGCUGCGCUGCGGUCGCUGCUGCCGCCGCCGCCGGGCAGCCCCGGGCUCGCGGGGCCAAGCGGCGCGGGGGACAGGUCCCCAAUGGGCUUCCGCGGGCUCCCCCUGCCCCAGUGAUCCCGCAGCUGACUGUGACUGCCGAGGAGCCGGACGUGCCCCCGGCCAGCCCCGGGCCGCCCGAGCCGGAGGGUAACUGGCUCCCGGCCGUGGGUUCGUCGCACCUGCAGCAGCCGCGCCGCCUCUCCACCUCGUCGCUCUCCUCCACUGGCUCCUCGUCGCUGCCCGAGGACUCGGAGGACGAUCUUCUGAGCGACAGCGAGAGCCGGAGCCGCGGCAACGUGCAGCUGGAAGCGGGCGAGGACGUGGGUCAGAAAAGCCACUGGCAGAAGAUCCGGACCAUGGUGAACCUGCCGGUCAUGAGCCCUUUCAAGAAGCGCUACGCCUGGGUGCAGCUGGCGGGGCACACGGGGAGUUUCAAGGCAGCGGGCACCAGCGGACUGAUCCUCAAGCGCAGCUCGGAGCCGGAGCGCUACUGCUUGGCGCGGCUCAUGGCGGAUGCGCUACGCGGCUGCGUGCCCGCCUUCCACGGCGUGGUGGAGCGCGACGGCGAGAGCUACCUGCAGUUGCAGGACUUGCUCGACGGCUUCGAUGGGCCCUGCGUACUAGACUGCAAGAUGGGCGUCAGGACUUACCUGGAAGAGGAGCUGACCAAAGCCCGCGAGCGGCCCAAGCUGCGGAAGGACAUGUACAAGAAGAUGCUGGCGGUCGACCCUGAGGCACCCACCGAGGAGGAACAUGCGCAGCGCGCGGUCACCAAGCCGCGCUACAUGCAGUGGCGAGAAGGCAUCAGCUCCAGCACCACUCUCGGCUUCCGCAUCGAGGGCAUCAAGAAAGCCGACGGCUCCUGCAGCACCGACUUCAAGACCACGCGAAGCCGGGAGCAGGUGAUCCGAGUCUUUGAGGAAUUUGUGCAAGGGGAUGCGGAAGUGCUGAGGAGGUAUCUGAACCGCCUGCAGCAGAUCCGGGACACUCUGGAAGUCUCUGAGUUCUUUAGGAGGCACGAGGUGAUCGGCAGCUCGCUCCUCUUCGUGCAUGAUCACUGCCAUCGCGCUGGCGUGUGGCUCAUCGAUUUUGGCAAGACCACGCCUCUCCCUGACGGCCAGACCCUGGACCACCGGCGGCCCUGGGAAGAGGGCAACCGAGAGGACGGCUACUUGCUGGGGCUGGACAAUCUCAUUGGCAUCCUGGCCAGCCUAGCCGAGAGAUGAGGCUGGGCCCCUGUCCCUGCUGACCUGAGGGUCUGACAGAUGGAGCUGCGCCUGCGUCCCCACCAUGCAUGCAGGCAAGAGACUGAAACGCCGCGAUGCGGGGCAGUGCAUACGGCCCUGUAGGGACAAGUGCCAACCACUGUGGGACACACUGCACGCGCAGGGCCUGGCCCCCUACAAGCCCCAGUGUUCCUAGAGCCGAUGACACUAAUUAAGCGGGGGAGGGAGGAGGAGAGUGGGGUAAGUGGCUUCUUCUUCAGCCCAGCUCUUCUGAGGGGGCUCCAUACCUCUCCAGAGAAGCCAGAUAAAGAACUUUGUUUCACAGGCACUAGAGCUAUUGGUCUGAACUCCCACACUACAAUGGACUCCCCUUCCCAAUAAAAACUCAAA